CCGCCGCCGCAGGAAGCCGCGCGGCCGCGGUGCGUAUUUAUGCUGAGGCCCGCCAGCAGCGGCCCGGCCGAGCGCGGGGCGGAAGGGCCCGGCUCCGCUCCCCUCCGCCCGGGCGCAGGCGGCGAGGAUGAGCCAGAGAGACACCCUGGUGCAUCUUUUCGCUGGCGGAUGUGGCGGUACUGUUGGUGCAAUUCUGACAUGUCCACUGGAAGUUGUGAAAACACGAUUGCAGUCCUCCUCUGUGACGCUCUACAUCUCUGAAGUCCAUCUCAACACUGUGAAUGGUGCUAGUGUCAACCGAGUAACUAGAGUUUCUCCUGGACCUCUCCAUUGUUUGAAGAUGAUCUUGCAAAAGGAAGGUCCUCGCUCUCUGUUUAGAGGCCUGGGUCCUAAUUUAGUAGGCGUUGCUCCUUCCAGAGCGAUAUAUUUUGCUGCUUACUCAAACUGCAAGGAAAAACUGAACAAUAUUUUCAGUCCAGAUUCUACCCAGGUACACAUGAUUUCAGCUGGUGUGGCAGGUUUUACUGCGAUCACAACAACUAAUCCCAUUUGGCUAGUAAAGACACGAUUACAGCUCGAUGCAAGGAAUCGUGGAGAAAAGCGAAUGAGUGCUUUUGAAUGUGUCCGAAAAGUUUAUCGAUCAGAUGGUAUUAAAGGCUUUUACAGAGGAAUGUCAGCAUCCUACGCAGGCAUAUCUGAGACUGUUAUUCAUUUUGUUAUUUAUGAGAGUAUUAAGAGAAAAAUUCUAGAGUAUAAGACUGGUUCUGCCAUGGACAAUGAGGAUGAAUCAGCAAAAGAAGCUUCAGACUUUGUUGGGAUGAUGAUGGCUGCUGCCACUUCCAAAACUUGUGCAACAUCAAUAGCAUAUCCCCAUGAGGUUGUACGAACAAGACUAAGAGAAGAGGGAACAAAAUACAGAUCUUUCUUCCAGACGCUGUCUUUGCUUGUGCGUGAAGAAGGGUAUGGAUCCCUCUACCGAGGUUUAACUACACAUCUGAUCAGACAGAUUCCAAACACGGCUAUCAUGAUGUCAACCUAUGAAGUGGUAGUCUACUUGCUCGAUGGAUAGCAGCAUGACAGGGCUUCCUAGAAGAAGGUGGAAGAGUGAACGACUGGAGUGGACCACUGAAUGUCAAUGCCAAUGUGGUGGGCAAAAGAAAAGUUAUAUCGGGAACAUGCAGCUAUGGACAAAACGGAAGGUUGAUUGUGGGCAACUAUGAAUAAUUUUGCUGCCUUAUUGUAUGGUCUCUUAGCAAUGUGACAAGUGGGAACUGCCCCUUAGGGAAUGCCUUUAUAUAUCUCUUAAUGCAAAAUCGUGACAUUCUUUUCAUCUGUUAAUCUAGACAAGGCCAUUCAGUCAUCAGAGACCUGAUGGGUGCGGGAGGGGGCAGGGACAUAAAAUAUAUUCUUGGGCAGCCUUAUUCACAUCUCUUGGUGAUUGCUCUCAACUGCGUCUGUUUUGUUCUGGUUUACUGCACAGUAACCUGUUGGAAGAAUGGGCAAGACAGUAUGUUCAUACCUUUCCAUACCUGAAACUUCCAUUCAGUUACUCUGAAGAUACAUAAAGAGACUGAGGUAGUAGUCAGCGUGUAAAGUUUUCUGUGUUGCUACCUCAAGAGAAAAUAUGGCGCAGGGACCCAGAACCAGAGUUAUUUCUUCACUGCAAAAGGUGAUACUUGGGGUGUGUUUUGGAUUUUUUGUGUGCGUGUUUUUGUUUUUUUUUAAAGUUCAAGCAGUGUUGUAGGUUAGUGAGAGAGGAUCUGAUUGUUGAACUCUUCAGGUUAUCAAUCUUUUAAUACUGGUAUAUGUGGAUUUUGAGUUCUGCUGCGUCAUCCUUUUUCUUUUCUGGAACUUCCCCUCCAUAAGAGAGACCUAAUGAAAUAUUCUCCUAUAUCAUCAGUUCUCCUUGCCAGUCUGUGUCACUCACACAGCUAAGGAAGAAUUUGCUCAGUGCUACUUCAUAGCCUCUUAAGGAUUCUGAAUGUGAUAAGAAAUCUCACCUAGUUCAGCCUACCAUUUGUGAAAACAGGAUUCACUCAAAUAGUUUCAUGCUACCUAAGAACAAGCUGUGUUACCGUAGGUCUGGCAAAUCCUGACUUGGAUUACCAGUACCUAUAUAGAAGUACAGGGGAAGAACACAUACCACCAUGGCUAAGGUGACCAGAAGGCGGGAAACAGUUGAGGUUGUGAUAGGUCUUUUCAGUACAGACAGCCUCUCUGCAGAAUGGUGGGGAAAAUUGUAACUGAGAUUUUCUUGUAAGCAUUCCCCUUGGUAAUUGCUUUAUCACUUUUUCCAACUUUUGAGCCUGUGUACUGAACUGCAAAUGACAGCAUAACCUUGUCCUCCAGAUUGUCUGAAUAUUCAGGCAUUGGUUUUGUUCUAUAGGCCAACUGCCAAACAAUGCAUUGAAUUCAGCAGUGAGGCUUAGCUAGUUUCUUCUGUCAUAACUUACAGGGUUUUCUAAAACCAUACAGCUGGGAUGUCAAAAUCAGAAGCUUAAUGUUACAAGAACUUUUACAGCUUUCCAAACAGGUAUCUUUUAUGCGCACCUUGAGUACUUCUCAGUCUGUACCCAGGAUCCUUAGGAGGAAAAUUAUCAUUAUAACUUGGAGACAAUAGCUUUCUUCCUAUAAAUGCUGCUACACUGGUGUGGACAGAACUGUCCUAUCAAUUCUUCCAGUGUGGUACUUCAGUACACUUAAACUGUGCAUUGUGUGCAAUGGCUUUAUUUUAUGAACGACUCCUUAUGCACUUUGUGGCCUUCUUAUGGCUUAUGACUUUUUUUUUUCCUCUUACUGGUUAUCUGUAGUCAAACUGCCUUCGAAACAUGCAGUUUGAUUUUAAACAAAGCAUGUGGUUUGAUUUCUGUGUAAGCUGUGCAGGAUAAAACAUUUUAUGCAGUAUGAUCUAUAGCAUCUCUGUUGCAGUAGUUCUGUAAGCUGUAUGUAAAAGCUGGAAGCUUACAGAACAAAUCAGUCUGGGUUUUUCUCAUUUGUUUUCCUUUAUUUUGACCCUCAUCAUGUUCUCCAUGCAGUGUCAAAGUAUCUGAGUAUUUUUUUGUACUUCUCUGUACUGACUGUUCAUCCUUCUAAAAGCCACCUACAGUCUGCACAGCGACCUUGCAGUGGAGGCUUAGCUGUAUUAACUUCCUUCUCCUUGCAAAAUGUUAUCUUACCUCUUUUGGAAGACAGAGUGUGGUCUGUGAUGUGACCAAAGUUGAAUUUGGUUUUUUUAAAGAAGCAAGGGGAGUGCCUAAAUCUGUGUUCUAAAGUGGAUUUUUUUCUAGUGAUCUGUCUAGGAAAAGUCUGGAGUAUUCAUGACUCUGACCUAAGUCUCGCUGUGAUGCCAUUGUUCAGAUAACUCGGCCAAGUGCAGGAAUAGCUACUUACUGUAACUUCUGUUCUGUAGAAAGUGGAUUACUCUUCAGGCCAUCCAGAUUAUUCAGUUGUAGAUAAAAUAUAAGUUGGCAAAGAUGAUAUUUGGCUUUGGAGCUCAUGAAUACAAUUAACACUUGGAUUAGCCUAGGCUUCAUGAGAGUUACUCUCCUCUGUUUAUUGCAUAUGUUGUCCCUUGGUUACAUGUUCAUCUCCCAUUAAUUCACUGGGUACCAUGUGCGUGCUUUGGGUGAGAGCAGACCCCCUGGAGUUGAUAAAGAGAAAAUGUUAACAAGGAUAAAUUGCAUAUGGGAGACAACAAUUAAAAGUAGACAAUCAGCUUAUUCCAUUUUUUUUAAUGGGUGUUUAAGCAAUGUUUUAAACUUCAGGGGUGAUCUUCUUUUUGGUUUGUUUUACAUAAAAUGUAAACCCAAAGUUUCUUGGGAUUUUUUUAUUUUUAAACUACCAGUACAAAGUUACCUCUGAAAUAUUCCCAAAGAUCUUUAAAUUAUUUAUAUAGUUUUCUUGAUAUUUAUUAUAAAAAGUCAAAGGGAAUAAGAAGAUGCUACGUUCAGUAAUAUCUUUAAUGACAGAACUGAAAGGAGUGCAUUUUAAACUUUCUCGUAACUUAGAUGGUCAUCUUGAUUUAUAUUUGAAUGUAGUGUAUGCAUCGCACUUUUGUGCUAGAGGCAAAGAUCUUGGAUCUCUGAAAAGCUCACAGUAAUUAAUUAGCUUGUUCAUAUUUCCCUUGCCGAGAUGAAACUUAAAUGUUAUUGCAAGCUGUUCAUUUUGACUCGGCAACCAGUUAGACGUGGGAAAUGCUGUGAGACUACAGUUUCCUGAGCCAGUCAAGAGAUGGCAGUGGAGCAUGCAUCCUUCAGGGAAAAGGAGCCCCUCUGCCAGGGUGGCUGCCUCCCUGUGUUACAGGGCACUGGUGGGCCCUGGGUGUCUGUGGCAGUGUACUGGGGGGACAUGGCAAGCUGGCCCAAGUUUGGAAGUCCUUAAAAAAAAAUAAAAUAACUUAGUCAAUGCAGUCACACUGCUCAGCCCCUCUUUUAUGCAUCUGGUCCCUGUAGAGCUGUGUGAAAACAGGUGAGUUGUGGUGUGUUGGCAGAGAGCUGAGCCUAGCCUUUAAAGUGACUGAUAGACCUGCUGUUUCUGUCUGAACUUCUGAUCUACUAGCCUAUGUUGUUUUAAAGUAGGUUUACACUAGGGAUUUAUGGAGGUUUUUUAGUUGUUUUAAUUGUAACUGAAACAUCAACCUGUGCAUUUUUGUUGACAUUGCACCUGUCUAGUUCCCUGUUUACAUAAUGCACUCCAUAUAAUUCCUUUCCAAUUGAGACGUUUGUUAAUGACAGUUUCUGCUAUUCUGUUUUUGUAACAUUCCUCAGACCUGUAGCAUUUUAAAAGAAUGCUUCCAGAGACAAAAGAUUGGAGAGCCUUUAUAAAUGUUGCUUCCUGUUUAAAUUUGGAAAACAAGCUGAACACUGAAGUGUGCCUAGGUAAAUGUAUUACUCUUUUUUUUUUUUUUUUCUUUUCCAACUUUCUGUCUGGUUAAGACUCAAUUAUGUAAGUUCAGUUCUACAGGAGAGUCUGCCUACCCUGCAUAUGUGAAUGUAAUUAUGCCCUCGGAGUCAUAGCUAAACACUCACAAAUGACAGUUUGAGAAUACUUCAAUGCUCGCGUGAGGUUUGCUAUUAUUCUUACAUGUAGUUGGCUGUAAACAACGUGCAUUUACUCUGUAUUUAUAUAGGUAACUUUUUUGUUUGGAUUGCUUUAAACUUCAAAGCAAAUUAAAAUGAUAUGCUUCUAUUCAAAUGUUGCCUUCUGUGCUAAACUCUACACUAUUUUUAACCUUUUAAUUUUUCUAUUACUGAUAUAUACCAGUGCCUGGACAGUUGUGAUUAAAAGUGAGCAAUUCAUUAGGA